UGUGUGUGUGUGUGUGUGUGUGUGUGUGUGUUACAUGUUUUAAAGGCAGUAGAUGUAACUCGGAUUCUGGAUUUUCCUCUUAUUUGCUGUAUGGUCAAAGGUCCUUUCUCUCUCUGAGUGUUCUCAUUUUACAAACGGUCUUAGUUCUGUGUGACUGUCCAUCAUUCAGAGCCUUGAUUGGAAUGUUGCCUUUGCUUGAUACAAAAUAGGUGGAGUCAUCACCAAAGGCCCACACACACAGGGGACUUCCCAGGUGGAGUUGGGACUGGGGGUGUUCAGGACUGGCAGGCAGACCACUUUGAAAGCUAAAGCACCUGAAGAGACUGCCCUGGGAUCCUGUCUAGGGGCUGCAGGAGGCCUGUGGAGAUACUGGCGCUCACCAUCUCUUCUCUGGGUCCAUGAAGAUCUGCCUAGACGCUCAGAGGAGAGGUUCCCAGAACCCCUACCACUGUCAGGGCCAGAUCCCAGGCUGUGGUGAGCUCUGGCUGGGAGCCUUAAGGAUAAGGGGAUUGGAGGACUAGUCAGACAGACAGGAAGUCAGGCUUAAGAAGGAAAACAAUGCUGAGCUGGGAGCCAGAAGAUAGGUUCCCAUGCUGCUUUGCUCCUGAGCAGCUGGGUGGGCUGGCCAAGCUACUUUGGCACCCUGAGCGAGGCUCAGCAUCCUCAUCUGGAAAAUGGACUUUUAUAAAACCCAGAGGAGAGAGAACCUUGGCAGUGGUGCCAAGCAAACUGUAAGAUGAGAUUUGCCUGGGAGAUUUGGAGGAAGGGGCAGAUCAGGUGGCAGGGGUGUUUGACCACGAGCCUGGGGAAAGGUGGAACAGCGCCCUUGGCCCUGAAGCUGGGUGUUGCUGUGUCAACCUCUGACAGACGGUCCCUGAGGAGGGAUCGGUCUGCGAGGCAGUGACGUGCACAAGGCUAACCCAAUACCCAGAGAGACGCUUUCUCCAGCCAGGGAGACAAAGGCUGUAUUUCUUAUGUACCUUGGCUCUCAGAGCUUGUCCCCAGUGAACCAGGGAAGGUUUUGUAAACAAGCUGCCCACAGAUCUCAGGCCCUGGCUCACAGGGCCCUGCCUCCCGGGAGCUUUCACAGGCCUUUCAGCAGCUCUGCUUGUCCAGAUGUGAGGGUGAGAGAUACGUUUUUUUCCAGAUGUGGCUGGAACAAGCCCGAGGCAGUGUGCUAUCUGGUCUCUCCUGAAGCUGCCUUUCUGUGAGGUAUUGAGAAUGAUCCAACUUCAGAUGCCACAAAGAGAGUCACAUGGGCUGAGACCCUCCUGGUGAGCUGUGUAUGGCCCCGGUCCACGAAGGCCCAGAAGGCAGAUUUCUAUGUUGUUCAUAUUUACAUUCUCUGUGGCACUGAAGAUAAGUAAGAAAUCCCACUGUGAGAUCUGCGGGGUCCCAAGAUGAUUGAGGACCUGAGCUGUAACAGUGAGUGAAAUGGAUGAGCCUCAUAACCUCAUGGAUGGACGUGUCUGUUGGAUAGAUGGACAUUAAUCAAAUCAUCAUGCCAGAGUAAAACGAUUAGAAUAAAUGCUGUGGAUGCAGGAGUCUGGGAAAGUAACCAGCAGGGGCCAUGCCGCAGACUAGGAAUUUUAAAGGGGCUCGGGACUCCUAAAGGAGGUGACAUCUGAAUGGCGAUCUGAAGGCUGGUUGAGGUCGUUAGGCCAUGGUGAGGAGCCAGAUGGCCAGACCGCUGACCACCCCCAGCCCUUCGCAGAUGCAAGCCCGGAAGAAACGCAGAGGGAUCAUAGAGAAACGGCGCCGGGACCGUAUCAACAGCAGCCUUUCUGAACUGCGACGCUUGGUGCCCACUGCUUUUGAGAAGCAGGGCUCCUCCAAGCUGGAGAAAGCCGAGGUCUUGCAGAUGACCGUGGAUCACUUGAAGAUGCUCCAUGCCUCUGGUGGCACAGGGUUCUUUGACCCCCGAGCCCUGGCUGUUGACUUCCGGAGCAUUGGUUUUCGGGAAUGCCUCACGGAGGUCAUCAGGUACCUGGGGGUCCUGGAAGGACCCAGCAGCCAUGCAGACCCUGUCCGGAUUCGCCUUCUCUCCCACCUCAACAGCUACGCAGCUGAGAUGGAGCCUUCGCCCACACCCACUGGUGCCCUGGCCUUCCCUGUGUGGCCCUGGUCUUUCCUCCAUAGCUGCUCAGGGUUACCUUCCCUGAGCGGCCAGCUCGCCAUUCUGGGAAGAGUGCCUGGCCCUGUCCUCCCCAGUGUCUCUUCUCCCACUUUCCCCAUCUCAGCCCUCCGGUCCACUCCAGUGCACAGAGUGGCUGGCACCAUCCUGCCGGCCCGGAGGAAUCUGUUGCCCAGUCGAGGGGCAGCUUCCGCCCAGAGAGCCCAUCCUCCCGAGAGGCCAGCUGCCCCUCCGCCCACAGUCCCUGGUAGCAGGGUUGCCAGGAGCAACCACGUGGUCCCCGUCCUGCCGUCUUCUUCUCCGACAGCCCCUGGAGCUGGGAAAUCUGAUGACAGUGUGUCUGGUCCCAUCUCCAGUCCACCUCCUUUGGGGCCAACUGGGAGGCCAUCAGGAGCAGUGCUCUACCACUCGUGGGUCUCUGAAAUCACUGAAAUUGGGGCUUUCUGAGCUGACCCCACACACACAGCCAUCCCCGAGGAAUGGGAAACGUUCCUAUUCCCCCGCCCCAGGAGCUCUGAAAAUGGUGCCACCUUUUCUGAUUUAUUUUCUAGAACGGCUUCCAUACAAAGGCAUCUCUCCUCACCCAUCAGAGCCCCGCCCCCGGCCCCGCCCCCACCACCGACCCUGCUGCCCACCAGGCUCCCCUGUAGUCCUUUCAGAGCUCAGAGCCUUAGUCUCAUUCCCCACAGGCACAGAGGAGUUACAUGGUGCCUUGUGACCCCCCUAGGCACUGUGGACCCAGAACACAUGGACCUUGGGUCUGGAGCCGAAGCUUUAAUCUAAAGGAUUCCAUGGCCGGGGCAGGCUGCUCACACGAAGAGGUGGGACUCCUAGUCCUGAGGACUGGUGAGAUUCAGCCACUCCAGGCCAGCAGGAUGGACUGUGCUGUCUGCUUCACUUCCUGAAGACAGAAAUGAAGCAGGGGCUAUUGAGCCAUCUCUACAGCCCACCCUGUAACAGUGAAGCACAGGACAGAUCUGUUCGAUACAGCUACAGCCUGCAGCCACCGUCGUCCCCACUUCAGAUGCCCGCAUGACUAUCCACCAAGGCUUGACAAGUCGGGACCAGGAAGAUUCUCCACAGCAGCAAAGCUCUGAGGCAGGAGAUCCCUACCACCAGGUCUCCACAGCGCUUCAGACAGAAGCCAGGGCCGAGAGAGCAUCGGGAGAGCCCAGCUCCCUUUCUCUUGGGUACUGUCCUCCAGGACUAUGGCCCUUCCCAUGGGGUCCCCAGUGUGGAGGACCUGUGGCCAUGAUGGUGGCACCCCAAGAGUCAUUCUCUUGGGAUUCAGCACCAGACAUGUGAGCGGCCUGGUUUGCCUCCGGCUCCCAGAGCCCAGACUGCUGGCACAGCCGAGGGCCGUCAGGCUGGAUAAAAAUAACUUGGAGGAGGGGGAGAACAGGCAGAGGCGGCUGGGCUCUUCAAGGUCAUGCAGCGGGUCCAGGGCCUGAGAGCCUGCUCACCCAGAUUUCACACAGCUGGCUCCGCUCAGAGGCCAGCUCACUCCCCAGCUCCGCCUCGGCCGCCGCUUGCCUCUCUAGUGGGAAUAAAUGGCCGGUGGAACGGCAGAGGCUGAACUGACAUUUAGGGUUGCCCUAUCAGCAAACAAAGUGUGGAAACAUUUCUGUCCUCUUUGGUGAGCACCUGCUCCCCACAGUGCCCCCCGGGGGCCACCCAACGUGCCAUCUGGGGACACCCUGGUCAAUGCCUGGCAAAACCAAGAUUGUGGGGAUCUGGAACUGGUUGUUCACUGACGCUGGGGCCGUGGUGAUUGUGAAAUACGAGGUCAUCCUGGAAAGCCUCCAUCCCCCGUCCCCAUCCCAGCCUUGGAUGGAACCAUAGUCCCCAGAGCUGUGGUAAGGAGCCUGUGGGCACAAAAGUGGAGUUUACAAAACCCUGGGAGCAAAGGGGUCAUUUCAGAACAUCAGGACAGAGGGCAGAGGUCACCUGAGUGACCCAGAAAGUGCUUGCGACUAGGUCAAGAAGAGAUAAAGACUUCCUUCAUUUCUUAGUGGAAGCAAUUUCUUUAAUCUUGCUGCCAUAUUGGACCCAUCUGAGGGCAUCCCUGUGGAGUGCAUGGUCAGCCCACCGAGAAACACAGGUGCAGGGAGGCUAGAAGAGGCAUGCAGUCUCCUGGGGUGGGGAGAGGUGAUAGAAGUCCCUGGAUAUUAGGGUCUUACUGCAGGCCUGCAGUUCGGCAGCCUCCUAGCCAGAGAUUCGGUGUUCACUCACGGCUGCGCUAUGGGAAACACAUUUCCCCAUUGCGGGUACCCGAACCGCGAAGCAGUCUGUUGGCACCAUGGAAACACGGCAAAAAUGGCUGAGCCCUUUGAUCAUCCAUCCUGGGUGGUGUUGGCUUCCUUCUCCCAGGAGACUGGGCAGGUCACACACACACACACACACACACACACACACACACACACACAGCCGAGUACUCACGCCUCCUGUUUCUAGUCCCAACCCUUUCUGGUGGCCCCAACACUCUCAUCCCACUGCAGGGUGUUGCAGGCAAGCAAUAAAGAUGUUUAGUUCUGGAAACUUCCACCACCACA